ACGGACGGCCCCGAUCGAGAAUCAAGCACCAUCUUGAUAUUUUCAACCGGUUGAUGAGCUGGGCCCGCUUGAUUUAACCGGAGCGAGCGACAGGUCGUUUUGCAGUCGCCCCCUCCCCCGUUUUGUUCCUGUUCCUUUCUUCCCCAGUAGCCACUACCAACUUUCCCGUCCUCUGCAAUCCAUUUCCGCGCGAGUUCGAUCGACCUUUUGCACGGAUGUGGAGCUAUUGAAGAGCGCUUUUGACUUGCUAUCUUCAUGCGAUCCAAACGAUAUUUCCUUGGUCGAGGUGUGGUAUCUAAGGAUUUCAGUCAUCUCACCUUUCCUAUCCAAUUCCUAGGUUGCAACUCACUCAUUUAGAGGUUGCAACUCUAGUGGGAAAAAGGCAGCUUAGCAUAGAUAUCUCACACUUCUCCAUAGACUCAGAGCUUCAAAGCUAUGCCUUCAACAUCCUUUAUUGACCGCCUUCGUGCUCAAGCAGCGAAGCGCGCGACCUCUCAUUGUGCGGAGCAAGAUGGCUGUUCUGGGACAGCUGACUUACCUCCUCACCAGCGUCGUCGUACUGGGGAUUCUUCUCAGGAAUAUCUUCCUCUCCCAUUUGAUCCCCAAGCUUUUCCAGCAGUCCGACCUCCACCUCUUUCCACCUCUAGUCAAUCUCGGCCAUCUAUGGUGCCCUUAGCUGGAGCAUCGCCCAACACUCCCCGUAGGUACACCUUCCGAGAUGUACCAUCUCCUGCUUUUGGCUUCCCCGGGCCCUAUAUGGCUCCUUCCCCUCCUAGGGUAGUGAACAAGAUGGGGAGAAAGAUUUGGGAAAAUAUGGAUCAAAUGAACGUGGGUGGAGACUUUGCCAUUGAAAACCCAGAACGCGAGUUUUGUCAAGCUGUCUUUGAUCUGCAAAUGGUUGGCAUGAGGGCAAGCUCAGCUGCCUACCGCAUGGGGUUCGAACUUCAGCAUGCCCAUGCGUCCAAGUCUGCUGCAGUGGGUGCCUUGGAAGAGGUGCGGUCCUUGUUGCUGUACUCGAACCUCAAGAGGGCGGAGUUAAAGGUGUCCUUGGAGAAAUCCAAAGCCGAGACUAGUGCGGUCAUGGCUAAAGCGGAGAGGGUACGGGUAGAAUUGGAGCGUUGCCAAGUAGCUUUGAGAGAGAAGCUCGCCGAGUUAGAGGCCUUUCAAUCUGACUGGAAAGACUCUACGAAGUUAGAGUCUGCGCUGCGUUCUAUUGGGGCCUAUGAUGCACUUCAAAGGGAGAUUAUGAGGAUGAGUUUAGGUUGGGUGGAAGGGAAAGUGAGGGAAACUCAUCCAGGGGUCGACGUGAGUUUCCUUUACACCGCCUUAGAGGUUGAAGAGAAUGCUUCCCAUAACGACGCUGACUUGGCUGAGCCUACACUAGACAAGGAUGCUUCUUCUCGAUCUGGUACUCCAAGGAGUGGCGAGGAGGUGGAGGCUGCAAUGACUGCCAAGGCGGUCAGCCCUAUCCCUUCUAAUGUCGAAACUAACUCUGCUAUCGCUGCUCCAAAGAUUAGUCCUACUGAGGAGGCCAUGAACAAGAUUAGUCCUACUCAGGAGGCCAUGAACAAUAUGGUGGCGCAUUCGAACGAUUCCUUGAGCGACACAAGGGAUUCUGCUUAAGAGUGUCAUUAAUAUUUUCUUUCUGUUUUUUUUUUUUUUGGUUGGUGGUGUUGUAGUAUUUAUCUCCGUUUUUGGUAUUAUGCUAUGAAGAUCCAUAGAUUGGUACCUCUAAUUUGAAAAAGUACAACUGUGUUUUUAUUUUUAGUAUAUUAUAUUUUUCUCUGGGGUUGUACAAUUUUAAAUGUUCCACAUUCUAUGGAGGCGUUAAGUGGUAUCCUAGUCGAGUCGGACAAAUAGUUUACGGUAAUUUUUGACACAUGUAGUUUUAAUCUAUGGGUUCUUUCUGCGA